CCUAGGACUAAUUUUUUUUUUUUCUUUCCGUGCCAUUGUUGUGACUCUUUUUGAUCCAGAGCGACCCAGACUCGCUCAUACUCUCUCUAUCCUGAUCUCGGGGUUCCGGUGCUGGGGUGGUUUUUUGGGUCAUCUACCAACUUGUUAUAAUAUCCAUUUCUACAGCCUUAUCCCCUCCGUUGCACGAUCACUACUGCUCGACCUCUGAUCCGCCUCUAUUUUUGAUUUCUUUUUUCUUUUUUUCGUUUUAUUUAUUUAUUUAUUUUAUUUUCCUCUCUGGCAGGGUAUGUUCACUGUGCCCCAGGAUGGAGUCCCUUAAGCAUACUACAGAGGGUGGUACCCGAUCACUGCGCCAGAAAUUCAAGUUGCGCCGGCCCUGGUGCAUCUCCCUCGUGGUUGCUGUCAUUAUUGUGGUGAUUGUCGUAAUUGUUGUCCCGCUAGCUGUUCUUCUGCCCCGGCGCAAUCAUCGAGGAAAGCCAUCCACAGUGCUGUUUCCACUGUAUAUCUAUCCCAAGUCCAACGCAACAUGGGGCCCUUUGUAUGAGGCCGCUCUUGCACACCCCGAACUGGAUUUUGUGGUGGUGGUGAACCCACAAAGCGGGCCAGGCUCGUCUUCGUCUCCGAGUAGCGAGUACGCGGCUGCGGUGCGUCAACUUAGCACUUACUCUAAUGUGCAAAAGGUGGGAUAUGUGCGCACCUCAUACGCCACUAGAAACAUCACCGAGGUGCUAGACGAUGUGGAAACAUAUUCCGACUGGGAUUCGCAGUCCUCUGCCCUGGCCAUGGAUGGCAUCUUCUUCGAUGAAGCGCCCCAUCAGUACACUUCCGCCGCGGCCGAGUACAUGAACCGGAUCAACCUGGCGGUUAAGAAUGCUACCGGGAUUCAGGGAGAUCGAAUGGUCAUCCAUAAUCCAGGCACCGUCCCUGAUACACGUCUGGCCGACUCCAACACCGAUGUCACCGUUGUUUUCGAGCAGGCAUACGACCUUUAUCAAUCCAACACUCAGCAGAAAGCACUCCGGGCCUUGACCCAGCCGCGAAGUGACCACGCGUAUAUCCUUCAUUCGGUGCCCACGAUGAGCGUCAGCAGCCUCCAAAGCUUCAUCAACGGACUCAGCCAGCGAGCCGCCUACCUAUUUGUGACGACGCUAAAUGAAAGCUAUUAUGAGAUUGAAGCCAAUCCCACCCUCGACUUCCUGGUUAUCGUCAACCCCAAUAGCGGACCAGGCGAAUUGCCCUCCCCUGACGCCCACUAUGCCCGCGAAGUGCCUCGACUCAAUUCCUACGCCAACGUGUACACCGUAGGUUAUAUCCGAAUCGACUAUUGCAGAAAGCCCCUCCCGGAAGCCUUCGCAGAGAUCGAGCGGUACGCCAGUUGGGCCGAGAAAUACGAGGACACUCGGCUAGGCGUGCAAGGGAUCUUUGUGGAUGAGACCCCGAAUCACUAUUCGCCUGAGCGCGCGGAAUAUCUGACGGGGUUGUCCCAAUUUAUUAAGAACUCGUCCGGGAUUCUGCCAGACCGAUUUAUUGUCCAUAAUCCGGGCACUCCUCCUGACGCCACUUUGGCAGAUUCAGCCGAAUUGAUCUUUGUCUGCGAGGAGCCCUAUGAACGAUACCGAUCCGACGAGGUUCAAACCCGACUAAAGGAACUCCACUAUGACCGGACUCGCGCGGGCUUUAUGAUAAAUGCCGUGCCAGCGGAGGACAUCCACUCUCUAGUCCAUGAGCUACGGCAUCGCUCCACUUAUAUCUUUGUAACCGAGAUUCAUGGAGAUUUCUACGAGCGAUUUGGCCCUCGCAGUUGGGGGGAUUUUAUGCAGGCCUUGUCGGAGUAAAACAGAAAGCGACAAAGGUCCAUGGUACGAUCUUUCGAUUUGGGCCGCAGUGAUUCCGGCCGAUUUUUUCCCUGAUUUUUCCCGCGUAUUGUUCUUUGGAUACCGAUUUGACAAGUCUUAGUUGGGGUCUAGCGUUGUCGGGUAUGUCUUAAACGUGGCUUUCGAGUUGGACCUUGGGAUUCAUCCAAAUUUCGACCCGGCGGCUCCGGCGAUUUUAGUGCUGAUCGUAGUUCUUCUUGCUUCGGGCUUUUCUUUUGCAGAAGUUUCCUUACCGGAUGCGCUUUCUAAUCGACUUUCCCUUCCGGUACGGAGUUGGUAGUAUCGUUUCUCGUUUUGUCCUGAUGUUAUAC